AUGAGUGUGGGGCCUGAGUUCCAACUCAAGCAAACCAACGUUUCCCAACCUCAGCUAUCCCACCAAAGCUCACAACUGAGUGUAGCUGCUUCACUGGCUGCUUCUGAGGGUUUCUACAGUGCAUCGGAGCAAGCAUCCAGCUCCAGUGAAGAAAGGAAGCCUCUCUACCAGACACCGCCUUCUCAAUACCGAACACCAGCACAGAGUCAUGAGCAGCUAGUGCCACAUACUGAUAUUCCAGUAACCUCACUGCGCGGGAUUGGUAUUCCAAGACAACAGCUUCCGCCUCAUCAGCCUUCCUUUGCUCACGACCGCCCUCAGUCGCCAGGCGUAUCCACCAUUGCAGAGGAGUCGAGACCAGUGACGCAAGACACGAGACGAUCACAACUGCUGUCCGGCAUGGAUACUGAAUCGCAAGUAACCACACCGGGCCAGGAUACAACACCAUACAUUCGCUUCGCUAUCGAUCAACUUACUCGAGAUGAAGAGGUUAGAGGAUCGAGGAUAUACCCAGAGGUUCGGCCAGAGGAUGAAGAAGACUAUCCUGUCGACAGAAUCAUCCACGACAAUGGAUUGGGAUACAUGGCGCAAGACCAGAGGACUCAGGAGCGAAUGGGUCAGCACAUGCCCCGAAAGGCCUUGAGACAGUCAUCGACACCACUUGCUGCUGCCCCCGCACCGAUGGCAACUCAACCAUAUAACCCACCACAAGACAAACAACACAGACGGCAGCCGUCCUCUUCCCAAAAGGACGUUUUCAUAGCGCAUUCUCAACCACACAUACCUCUACACUUCCUCCCCGCCAUCCUUCGCCCGCUUUGGUUGUGUCUCUACAUCUUCCUCUGUCUGGUUGUGGUCGCUGCACUCAUCUUCUCCGCUGUUUACUCAAAUCGCAAUGGAGGUUAUGGGCUCUGGGACUAUGAGGCUUUUGGCGACGGUCGCUACUUUGUUUUUCGUUAUCUUCCGACUCUAGUGGGAAUGCUCAUGCUCCUCUGGCUCAUUCAAGUGCAGACGGCUCUCCAGCGCCUCAUACCUUUCAUCUCCCUUUACUCGGACUCAUUCCGCCUACGAUCCGAAGCUGUCUUUUCGCGGUUGUAUCCCACGCAAUUCUUGCUACCAAGAUUUGAGCACUUCCGCGCCGGACACCCCGGAGUCGGAGUCUUCUUCAUCAUAGCAUGGCUGUUUACUUGGACGAUACCCCUUCUUGCUUCUUCUUUCAAUGUACGAUACGACCUCGGGCGUGGCGUCUGGAGAUGGGUCACUGUUCAAGGCGUCAUCUGGACUGUCAUUGUCCUUUACAUUCUCCUCAUCAUCGCUCUGAUUUACUUGAUGGUGUUCCUCAUGCGCAACCCUACCGGAUUGAAAUGGGAUCCUCGAUCUCUGGCGGAUAUUAUUGCGCUUCUCGAACGCGCAAACAACCUCGGCGACUACACCAAUUCGGAGACGUUUGAAAAGGCGGACUGGCACCUUGUUAGUAACCGUGCUGAUCGCAUUGGUUAUUGGACUACUACGAGCCGACCAAAUGAUGUCUUUUAUGGCAUUGGUGAAGAGGGCGCGGAGAUUCGACGAUUUUCGGUUGAAGCUGGACGCAUCAGGGAACGAGGAGCAGAGCGCGCGAACUCCGCACCAGCUGAAGGCAAUGACUUUUCUAUCCGCAUGGACAUUCGUAGUCCAAGUGUGCGAUUGCGAUUCUUGCCAUGGUACCUGAAAGAUGGUUCAGUCAUCGCUUGGAUAGUCAUUGCCCUUGCGUUGUUGGUUGCCUUUCUGGUCAUCAGCUUCAUCAACAGCGCAGUCCGGCUAGGGUUCCUACCAAAAGUCUUUGCUCGCACAGGUUCCGAUGGAUUUUCUGCUUCAAACUUCCUCUAUUCGUUUAUCCCAGCACUCAUUGGAAACUUCCUUUUCCUGUCCCUGCUGUCACUCGACUACUCACUCCGCGUACUCCAGCCGUACAUUGCCCUGUCUUCCAAAGGUGGAGCAACCGCUGAGGCAUCCCUCCUUGUCGACUACGCCUGCCGCCUCCCUUUUUCGGUCACGCUGGCAGCACUUGAAAACAAGCACUUUCAAGUGGUAGUCCUAUCCUUCGUUUCACUCGUAUCCAUUUCCAUCCCUAUCAUAGCAGGCGGCUGCUUCUGGACCCAAUACUACAGCACCGAUGACAUCGUCCGCGUCUCCGCCGAGCUAUCCGGCUACUACGCCCUCUGCUUCUUCCUCGCCCUCUAUGCCACCAGUCUUCUCGCCCUCUGGCCAAACCGCCACCUCGCCGCCCUCCCCCACCGCAGCAACACGCUCGCCGAAAUAAUCUCCUGGAUCUACCAAUCCCCCAUCCUCACCGACCGCGCCUUCGCCCGCCCUCAAACUAAACCUGAACUCGUCGCUCGCCUCAUGGGCACCGCGUACGCAGAACGUUCUUUCGCCCGCUCCGUCGCCUCUCUCGUCCGCCCUUCGAGGAAUAAUCUAAGAGGCGAUUCUCCCACCACCGCUGCUGCUAUGGCGGAGAAAUCUCGGAAUGACCGUACGAGCGCUGAGCAGCACGAAGCCCUUGAUGACCCCGGUAGCAUCAGAUAUGGCUUCGGUAUCCACGUUGGUCGCGAUGGCCUCGAACAUCUUGGCAUCGAUCGCGUUCGCAGAGGCGGUGAUCGGAGUGGUCGCGAACUUGUUAUUUGGGAGGAACAGCAGGACGGUAAGAGGAAGAGUUGGUCUAGUCAGGUUUGA